UGCAAAUGGCGUCACUGCCAGUAUGAGCGAGCGUAUGCCGUGUAAUAACGCGUACGGGCCUCGUCCGGGCGCGGCGCCGCGCGGCCCAGCCUGACGGCGAGCGUGAGUGUGACAAUAUUGGUCGAGAUUAAAGAAAAAUUAAUACAAGGGAAUCAUUAAAUUUCGUCGUCAAGUUGCAACAGUGUGUACGUAUCAACGACGAGUGGUGACACGCAGUGAGAAGAGAGAGGCGCUAAAGAGGGAUGCAGGCCGAACUGAUAUACAGAAAGCCGUUAACAAUGAUGACGACAACGACACCGAGCCAAAGUUUUCAUCGUCCUGGGGCAGGGAGGAAAGAAAAUAACGGCAGAGAUUCCCGCGAGAUCAUACACUCCGGUCACUUCAUGGUCUCAGACUUCGAAGCGGAGGCUCAGGACGACGAGGACGAGCUCGCUGUUCCCGUGCCGGAGGAAGAGGCUGUCAAGGUUGCAAUCAUCACGCCUCCAGGAUUGUCGCACGAGAAAUUCGCCAACAGCUCUUCGAAUGAAAAAACUUCUCAGCAGCUCAGCAUUGAGACGUCCUUAAACAAGCUGUUCCAGUGCAUGUCUCUCGCAUACAGACAGAAAUUGACAUCGCCCAAGUGGAAUCGGUUCAAAGGAAUCAGGCUGAGAUGGAAGGACAAGAUUAGACUGAACAACGUGAUAUGGAGAUGCUGGCACAUGCAAUUUAUUUUGAAACAAAAUACGCUGGUGUGCCAAUUCGCGUCUCCGUUGGAUGUUGAUACUCACAAUAAACCCGAGGCCGUAGUCUUAGAAGGAAAAUAUUGGAAACGAAAAUUAGCUGCGGUUACUGCAGAAUACAAGAAAUGGCGUAUGUUUUAUCGGAACAAAAUCCUUGGCUGGACGAACAAAGAUGGCACCGAAAUGAUGGAAUCGAUGGACGUCUUAGAUUGGAGCAACGGAUUAGGAACUUCGGGCAACUUUGGAGCAGGUACAGGCAAUACACACGGAGGGACCAGUGGAACUCCAGGAGGAGAGAGUAUGAUGGUUGAUGAAGAUUACAUGGAGCUUAUGACUGAUACAUUAUUUUCCACAAUCAGUUCAAAUCAACCAAUAUAUUUUCCCGAUCCGAGAGAAAUUGCGCGAGGAGCUAGUCUAGCGGAUUUUAUACAACCCAGUCUAGGACCGCUCCAACCAAAUUUAGAUGAUUUUAUGGAUACUCUUGAACCAUUACAAGAAUUUUUGAAUUCAAAGUUGCCCCCUGUCCCUGAGGAAGACGACAUGUUUCGAAAUAGUACUUUGAAUACGAAUUAUCCUGAUCUCGAUCUGAUGACGCCUAUGAAUCAGAUUAACGAAUUGAGCCAAGAAGCAACGGUAAAAAAUGAACAAGCUUCUCAACAGACGUUAGUACAGGACGAACAAGCAGGUACUAUACAAAAUCUUCAAUAUACAGCUAAAAUAUAUACUCAACCUCAACCAGAGCCAACGAAUGCGUUCAGGAAUAAUAAUAUAACUUUAGCUGAGAAUUAUAAUGCUAUACAACAAAGUUAUGAAUCCUCUUCGACCAAUCAACCAGUCAGAGAAAAAAGUCGGCCAAGUAGAAUUUCUUCGAGAAGUAAUCGAGUAAUUCAACAAUCUCAACAACGGAAUACUUAUCAACGUACAACGCAACAACAAAAUUCUCCAUAUCAACAAUCUUCACAGCCACCUUAUGCCAUGGAGAUUCAAACCGUUCUAACACCAGUUCAAAAUCAAGUUCAAAUGACAUCAUUGAAUGAUCAAUCUAUUCAUGCAAAUCAAAUUUCACCUAUCACAAAUCUGGUGACCGUACAGCAAAAUUUCGGACAAACAAAUUCCAUAGUAUCAAGUCAGCAUAGAAGUAUCAGGCCUUUACCACCAGUUGCACCGAUUUCAACAAAACCAUAUAAAGUUGUUCAACCGCAACAAUGUUAUAAGUUCUCUACACUUCCGCAAAGCUUUAAUGCGCAGCAAUGUAAAUUCAGCACUAAUAAUUUCAAGACACACCCACCACAACAAGUCGUAUCGGUUUCCACAGAGCAACCGUCACAGUCACCGAUAUUAUUACAGUGCAGAUCCUCCGGUUUGGAUCUUACUACACCAACUAUACAGCCGACAAAAUUAUUACCGCAGUCUACCACGUCUAAUUCAGAAAAAGAAGAAGUUUUUGCUGUACCUAAGUAUCAAAUGAAAGCAAGAAAUAGAUCUCGAAGCAGUUCAUCAUUAACUUCGCCAAGAAUUCAUCCACCGCCAUUAGUAUCGGCGGCGAGCGAUCCCGCUCUAAAUCUAAAUAACAAUGUUUUGCUCGCACAGUUACUCACUAAUAACACAUCUGGUAUACACACAAUGAAUAUGCCGGCUGAUAAUAUAAUGCCAACAGUGAACCAAACAACCACUAUGAAAUACAUCUCAUCUAUGCUUCCACCUUCAGCUUCGCCUACGCAGAUAACGACUACCCAUCAUAUUACCACGCCGGUUACUGUCCAAACUAUGCAAACAUCUACAGUGCAAGUGCAAUCGCAACAACAGGCAAUGCAACAGACUACUUGCAGCCAACAAAUGUUAUUAAAUACAAACACUCAAGCGCAUCAGCCACAAAAUAGUCCCGGAUCACCGAAGGAUAACUCUAACGCGCACAGUCCUCAAGGGUUAAAUCUCAGUCCUUUGCAUAGUCCGAUGAGCAUAGGAAGUCCAUUAUCGCCAAGUCGAGGUUACAUAAAAGGCGAAACGGAACGAGGACAAUAUAAAGAACAAAGGAGAGUUGGGCACAUUCACGCAGAGCAAAAACGUAGAUAUAAUAUUAAAAAUGGAUUUGAUAUGUUGCAUAGUUUAAUACCGCAGCUUAAUCAAAAUCCAAACACGAAGAUGAGUAAAGCCGCUAUGCUGCAAAAAGGAGCAGAUUAUAUUAGGCAAUUAAGGGCGGAAAGAAAUCAGUUAAAGGAAGAGAUGGAUAGUUUAAGACAUCAAAUUGAGUGCCUUAAUACAUCUAUUAGUAAUUGUCAAUCUAUGCUUCCUGCAACGGGUGCUCCAAUAUCUAGACAUAGAACUAAUAAAAUGAAGGAGAUGUUCGACGAAUAUGUACGCACGCGUACACGAGAGAAUUGGAAAUUUUGGAUUUUCAGUAUAUUGCUUGAACCUUUAAUGAUUUCUUUUAAUACUUCGGUAUCAACCGCAAGUAUUGAAGAUUUAUAUCGAAGUACAAUAUUAUGGGUCGAGCAACAUUGCUCACUCGUUGAUCUCAGACCAGCUGUUCUGAAUUCUCUAAGAUAUCUGUGUACUGCUACUGAUAUUCUAUCAGAUCCUGGUCGUCUACCCGAAGAAGCACUCGCAGCAGUCGAUCGCACAGAACGACGACGAUCAACUCAGUGACCAAUUGUAAUAUGCAAAUACGUCGUGAAACGUGAUUUGCUUAUAUAUUGAAAAAAAGAGCAAAAGAAAAACAGUUACCGUAGCAGUAAGCUAAUUUAGGAAAGAAACUUAUGUGAAAAAUUUUAAGACGAUUUUUCUUAUAGUAAGCUUUCAAGUUUCUUUUUGCAACGAUAGUGGUUGAAAAUGGAAAGGACUUAAAGUGCAAUUUUUUCCCUUAUACUUUUCAAAAUUGUGAUCAUAAAAUUUAAUAACUAAUUGUUACAGAAAAAACAAUGUGAAGAUGUAUACAUGAAUUUACUCACAACGUUUAACAAAAUACAUAUUAUAAUAUACAGACUGUUACAUAAA